CCCGCCCCGCCCCCGCCUUCCUUCCUUCCCCGCCGAAGCUCUGGACCUUUCCAAAGCCAGGCCGAGGGGGUGGGGAAAACCCGUGCGCCUGGGGAGUCCGGCUGUGUCAGGGCGGGGCUGCAGACUCCUGGUACUAGUGUCACCGUGUCCUUCCCGACUGGGAAGAGGAGGAGGGAAAGCCCGAGGCCAGGGCCACAGUGGCGGGCGGGGCCGAGCGGAGGGAAGCCUCUUCGCAAGCCCCCACAUCCGCGCGCCUCUGUGGUGCCGGCCGAGGGAAGGGCUCGCGGCUGCGGAGCUCGCGCCGCUGUCAGUGCGGCUGGGCGCGCGAUCGGCGCGGGCGUGGGGCGGCAGAGCUGGGAGAAGCUGAGGGGGCGGUAGCGGCGGUGGCGACUCCCGCGCUUGUGCUCAGCCUCCUCACGCCGCGGCCGGGGCUGCUUCUCCCGCACUCCCUCUCGACCCCAAGUGCGGGGGCACCGCCUCCUUCCGCGCCGAGCAGCUUUCUCCAGACCUCUAAGUGCGGGAGAAGAAAACAGGCUUAGAGAAGUUACACGAUUUGCUCAGAGUCAUGUAGCUGGUGAGCCUUGUUCCCAGAGGCAGCUGGUGCUGACUCGUGUAACCCAGCGGAGGAAAUAGCUGGCUAAGCACAGCCUUUGUACUGAGUUAAAGAAGAUAGACCUUAGACAUUCAGGAAGGAGAUUCUGUUGAGAGACCCAGCAGAGCCAGGUGGCCACCAUGUCCUUGAAGAUCCAGACAAGCAAUGUAACCAACAAGAAUGACCCCAAAUCCAUCAACUCUCGGGUCUUCAUUGGAAAUCUCAACACAACUGUGGUGAAGAAGUCAGAUGUGGAGACCAUAUUCUCUAAGUAUGGUCGUGUGGCUGGCUGUUCUGUGCACAAGGGCUACGCCUUUGUCCAGUAUGCCAAUGAGCGCCAUGCCCGGGCAGCUGUGCUGGGAGAGAAUGGGCGGGUGCUGGCCGGGCAGACCCUGGACAUCAACAUGGCUGGAGAGCCCAAGCCCAACAGACCCAAGGGGCUAAAGAGAGCAGCAUCUGCCAUAUACAGUGGCUACAGCUUUGACUAUGAUUACUACCGGGACGACUUCUACGACAGGCUCUUCGAUUACCGGGGCCGCCUGUCACCUGUGCCAGUGCCCAGGGUAGUCCCUGUGAAACGAGCCCGGGUCACAGUCCCUUUGGUCCGACGUGUCAAAACUACCAUACCUGUCAAGCUCUUUGCCCGCUCCACAGCCUCCGGCUCAGCCAAGAUCAAGUUAAAGAGCAGUGAGCUGCAGGCCAUCAAGACAGAGUUGACACAGAUCAAGUCUAACAUUGAUGCCCUGCUGGGCCGCUUGGAGCAGAUCGCUGAGGAGCAAAAAGCCAAUGCAGAUGGCAAGAAGAAGGGCGACAGCAAUGCUGGUGGUGGCGGCGGCGGCAGCAGUGGUGGUGGCAGUGGCGGUGGUAGUUGCAGUGGCAGUGGUAAUAGUGGCAGCAGCAACCGGCCAACAGCCCCCAAGGAGGACAUACCUUCUGGAGUAGCCAUGCCUCAGGGGGAAACACAGACUCGAGACUACGGCGAGGAGGAGGGGCUGCUGGCACAUAGUGAGGAAGAGCUGGAGCACAGCCAGGACACAGAUGCGGAGGAUGGAGGCUUGCAUUAAGCAGCCUGACAGGAGCAAUGGCCACCAACAGGAGAAAUGCAUCACUGCCCCAGGCCUCAAGCUGGGCACCUACCCUGGAUGCCGCUCCCCAGCGGGUACCAGAGGAGAGCUGGCAGCAGGCACCUCCUCCCCCACGCAUCUCAGCCAGUGCCACAACCUCUGCAGGUGGAGUUUCCCGCCGACCCCUUUCCUGUGCAACUCUCCCUGUCUGCCCUGUCCAGUUCAGAGGGCAGAGCACAGGGGUUUCCCCACACUCUGCCUCCCCAGGACACUCCUAAGCUUGGGGUUUUUCUAUAGAUUUGGAGGAGGGGCCCACAGGGAGGGACCCUGACAAUAAAGAGAUUGGAUCC